CAACAUUUUGGAAGCCUGAUACUUGGAAAUGGAGGAGUUCUCCCAGCUGGGAAGCAAUCCAUGGGGAGGCUUGAUGUGCACCCCUUCUUCAUCGGCCAAACAAACUACUGCCACAGCAGCUUCUGCCUUCGAUAGAAGAUACUGCGUUCCGAACCCUUUUCUGCCCAGCGACCACCACGAAAACCCCAACCUGCUCCAAGCAAAACCCGAUGUGGCUUCCACUUCUCAAAUCCCACAAGGCGAUGUUGACGCCAUCAAGGCUAAAAUCGUCUCCCAUCCGCAGUACUCCAGCCUUGUCUCUGCUUACAUAGAAUGCCAAAAGGUGGGAGCGCCACCUGAAGUAGCUGCGCGGCUCUCGGCCGUUGCCCAAGAGUUUGAGAUGAGGCAGCGGGCGAGUUUGAUCUGCCGCGACGCGGUAGCAGACCCAGAGCUGGACCAGUUCAUGGAGGCGUACCAUGAUAUGCUCGUCAAGUACAGAGAAGAGCUGUCAAGGCCGCUGCAAGAGGCCAUGGCGUUCCUUGGAAGAAUGGAGUCUCAGCUCAACUCCAUCUCGGACAACACUGGUUCUCUUCGCAUACUAUCCAAUGAUGACAAGUUUGGAGUUUGCUCCGUCGAAGAGAACCAAGAAGGCAGCGGCGGAGAAAUGGAUAUCAUGGAGCUCGAUCCAUGCACCGAGGACCAAGAGCUGAAACACCAUCUCCUCAAGAAGUAUGGUGGAUACCUGAGCAGCCUGAAACAAGAGCUUUCCAAGAAAAAGAAGAAAGGGAAGCUUCCCAAGGACGCUCGACAGCAGCUGCUCAACUGGUGGGAGUUGCAUUAUAAAUGGCCGUAUCCCUCGGAGGCGCAGAAGGCGGCAUUGGCGGAAUCCACCGGACUCGACAUGAAGCAGAUCAACAACUGGUUCAUAAACCAAAGGAAACGCCACUGGAAACCAUCAGAGGACAUGCAGUUCGUCAUGAUGGAUGGGUACCAUGCCCCAAAUGCUGCUGCUCUCUACAUGGACGGCCACUUCAUGAACGAAGGUCUGUAUCGCUUCGGUCCCUGAGCUGCAACCAUGCAUAUUGUGUGCCACGAGCGAGCUCUUAAGGUUUCAUCGGAACACUGGAAGUCCACCCCCAUCUUGUGUUGUAUCUGUGAUGACCGUAUCGUUGGUAAUGC